CACUGCUUUUAUUCUCCUUCAAUAAAUCGGUAGCAUCAGAGCUGUUUGAUUUUCGGCGAAAGGAUAAAAUCACAUACUUUUUUUUUUUUUACAUUUUCUGACUGAGAUUCUGUAGUCCACAACUUUGGAAGAUGGUCGCCAAACAGAGAAUUCGCAUGGCUAACGAGAAACAUAGCAAGAACAUCACGCUAAGAGGCAACGUAGCCAAAUCUACGAGAAACGCUACGGACGACAAGGUAGCGGUUGGGCCGUGGCUACUGGCGCUGUUCAUCUUCGUGGUGUGCGGAUCAGCCAUUUUCCAGAUCAUCCAGAGUAUCCGCAUGGGGAUGUAGGACAACAUCGAAGACAUCACUACUGUGUUCAUUCCACUCAGUAUCCGUCCCGUCCCCCCGACGCUACCGAACCCGGUUCCUGACAGAACCUCAGCUCCAACCCCCCUGAACCCUGUUCUUGACAGAAGCUCAGCUCCACCCCCCUGAACCUUGUUCCUGACAGAACCUCAGCUCCACCCCCCCUGAACCCUGUUCCUGACAGAACCUCAGCUCCACCCCCCCGAACCCUGUUCCUGACAGAACCUCAGCUCCACCCCCCCUGAACCCUGUUCCUGACAGAACCUCAGCUCCACCUCGCCCUGUCACCUCCAAGUCCAAUCAGCUGAGUGUUGUGAAGUCGACCAGUUGGAUGACUAGAUACUGUCUUGCACUUUCACUGACUUCUUCUCCUUCGUUUGUUUAUUGGAAACAUUUCUUUCAUUUUCUUUUUUUUUCUUCAUUGAAAAAUUUACAAUUUCUUUCAAUGGAUUUUCUUUUGUUAGCUAGCUCUGAAUCUUCCAAGCCAUUCCUUCUAGGUGCCUUAGUUCAAGAACUAACCAGGCCAUGCCAAACCAGGCCAGACCAGACCAUGCCUAGCUUCUCUUAAAGCUGAUACUCAGUGACAUCUUUGGCACAGCUGCCAUCUUGAAACCAUUCCCUUACUGGUGGAGAAGUCCCAGCUCUCCACUGCUGUGCUGUAAUUACCUACUCAAAUCUAGUCACUGUACUGACAGACAUAACAAACACUUUGUCUUACUUAAUUUGGUUUGUGGGCCCAGUUUUUCAGUUUUUGUUUUUCUUCAGGUUUAGGUGGUACAAGGUUAGACGGCUCUAACAGGUCAGAGGUCCUUUAGUUGCCAACGAUUCAAAAUCGGACUCCAGUACAAUGUUAAGAUUUCUACAUUUCUCCUCUUUAUAAUUCUGUGAUUAUUUAAUGCUGCCUUCAAAUCUUUUCUAAUAGGUCUUAUUUCUACAGUCAAUCAGACUGCUUCAUAUAUCUAGCAGAUCUAAACUCAAGCUGGAAAAUAUGUUUGGAAAUAUUAAAUAUUCUAGAAAGAUGAUUCUGGAAUCAGUCCUUAAGAAGUGUCUGUGUGUUGUGUUCAUGGAGAGUCUUGGACAGCUGCAUUUGCCUCCAGGGACACAUGAAGUUAUGUCUCACCAACAAUGUGGAGAUGGGUAAAUAUGUAAAUAAAUGACAGAUUGAUGUGUUGUACAUAACAAUCUGCGUUUGCUGGCAGUGACAGAGGGAAAUUAAUAAAAACGUGAUUGAUGACAAACCUGCC